AUGUCCAACGCAGCGAGCAACGACAUUCGACAGGAGCGCCAGGACUUUAUUAUUGCUGGACAACCAUACAAAUCAGCAAUAGAGUGUGCGGAGAGGUUUUACAACAACUUCACUUUUCGCAACCAAGGAGCUGCAACCGAUGCGUUUCGCUCGUCUCUGGAGAAUAUUCAGGACAGUCACAGUUGGGUCCCCGCAUUUUUGAGGGAGUCCUCGACCACCGACUUCAAAACAAAGGAGCGAUCAUUACUGAAGAAGGCUAGCAACAUCAAGAUACGACAAAAGUUGCACGCUCUUCCAGGAGCACUGUCAAGAGCCACAGCAGAGGCAGCAAUGACCGCCAUUGAGACCAACAGGAAACUCAACAAUGCAGGGAGCAAGAUUAUUACCAAGAGGGCGCUUGGGCUUUUCGACAAAAUGGAAUCUUCAACCUCCGACACUGGCUCGUCGUGGAGACGGGACGAGAUCGACAUGCUGUCUGUUUUCGAGAGAUUUGCGGCGAUUGAAGGAUCAUAUUCCUUGGUGCAAGAUCACAUUGCAGACAUGACGGAAGGAUCUUCCUUUGUGCGAUCUCUUUCCAACAAGGAGUACAGCACGGCCUGUUUACCAACAUUCGGCGCUCCUUCAAUUGCUACCAAAUGGCCCACCUUCCAACCAGUCGUCGACCGAGUUCUCCGAUCUUCCUUUUCUUUUGACGAGGUCUUUUCGGCUAUCAAAGACGAGUCAUUCCGAGAUCCCUUUGUGGACGAUCAUUACUUCCACUUUCGGGAUACCAUUCCUGAAACGUUGAAUGAGCGGGAAGGGUUUGCGGAUACUACAUGGUCUAUCAUUCGAGGUGCCCUGAAGCUUGCGGAUGUAUCAAGUCGAUUCCUAGAAGUACCUGUUGUAGGAGUAGAGGUGCGCAAGAACGCGAACAAGAACCUCUUGGAGGAGAUCAAGGAGCAAGCACAUCAAGCCGAUGGUGUGGGAUACCUUGCUUCGGAGCGAUCUCAAAUUUACCUUGCAGAAUCCUCAGUCCUUCACCUUCCUGACACCCGCAAGCGCAUCUUGGAUGAGAUCAAGGUCAAGAGGGAUAUGCGAGACACGCUCAUCGCGCAGCUUGCCGAGUUUUCUCGCGAGUCUCUCCCACCGAGAAGGUUUUCCGUCUUUGGUUCGACCUCCUUUGGUCCGCACACCAAGUUUUAUCAGAUGGACAUUGCAGGUGUGUUUCGAGUCUAUCAGGUCGGCUCUAUGCUGAUCCCGUUGACCAAGGAAGGAUUCGCGUCCAAGUUGCGUCGCUGCAUCACGACGGCUUUGAGGUUCGCACUCAGGAUUGGAGAUGAACGGGACCGAAGGCUGAUGGCCGAGGAUUUGAGUGAGUUGGACAAGCAAAGUCUCCAACGCGCCUGCUCACAGGUCUCACAGACCAGCAGGACCCCCACUGGUGGACGAAAUCAGAAGAAGAAACAAUAA